AAGUGCAAAUGCAAAAUGUACCCUCAAUGAAAGACUGUAAAUGCAAACAGAAGGCAGUGCAUAAUUGUUACAUUCAAAUUCAGCUUUAUCCCAUAUUGCAAGAGGAUCCCCAAUUUCAACAACAAUGACAACAAUCUUCGUGUAUUUGUUCAACUUCACUUGGUCAGUGGCACUCAAAAAAGACAUUUUGGCUUUGGUGUAAUUUACUGAUUCUGGCCUCGCUGGCCUGUUACUAACCGAGCAGUUAUUGACCGUUAGCUACCGCUCAGUUAGCAGCUAGCGAAGGUUAGCUAAAAUGAUGAAUAACGGUAACUGUUAACAUCUAGCUCAACGGUUUAUAGAUAUUUUUUAUGAUUUCCGGAAACCAUAUUGAAUGCCCCUGUAUCUGCACUCGUCGAAUGGAUUGUUGUGAAGAUGGACAGCCACACAGUCGACCCACAGACUCGAUUGCGGGUGAAAUUGGGCGUAAUUCGGUCGUUCGGGCGGCCCGCGACCAAGCCGUAACCGGCGACCCCAGAGCGCUGCACCAUCUGACCGCCAUGGAAAAGACCUGCCAGGUGUCCCCUUACUUUGGCAAGAUCCAGAAAGACGUCCAGCCAUACAUGCGGAGGAUUCUAGCAGUAUGGAUGUUUCGGGUGUGUGAGGAGCAGAAAUGUGAGCAGGAGGUGUUUCCGCUGUCGGUGCAUUACCUGGACUGUUACCUGAGCCGUUAUGCCAUCGAAAAGUCCAAGCUGCAGCUUUUAGGGGCUGUUUGCAUGUUCCUGGCCUCCAAAAUGAGAGAGACCGUUCCUCUGACUGCCAGCAAGCUUUGUAUCUACACAGACAACUCCAUCUCAGUCUCAGACAUCCUGCAGUGGGAGGUGGCCGUGGUCUCCAGGUUAGACUGGUGUCUGGCCUCUGUGGUACCCUCUGACUUCCUGGAGCCGAUUCUUCACGCUCUCCCCUUUGUUUGGCCCCACCACCUUCCAAACAUGUGCAGGCAUGUUCACGCUUAUAUUGCUCUUGCAGCCACUGACUGCAGGUUUUCACUGCUCUUACCCUCCACUGUUGCAUGUGCCUGUGUGAGCAUUGCGGCGCAGAGGCUAAAGUUAGUGGAUGCCGCCGUCGCCUCCAAUUGGCUUUUGAAGUUUUUGGCUAAUCUUUUGUCCAUUGAUCUGAGCUCUGUCCUCCUCUGCUAUGACCAGCUAGGGAGUGUGUUGGAGAUCAGCCUGCCCACUUGUUUCCAGGCUGGUGUUUGCAGAUCCAGAGCACAUAGCUCAAAGAUCAGCUACACUCCUGCUGACAUUCAGGAUGUUGUGUUGACACCAGUGGCAUCAAGCUGCAAUACUCCUCCCUGCCACGAAUGUCAAAAAUGAUCUGUCAUCUUACAGUCAUGAGACAGAGCAUGAAGCCUAAAUACCAGGAGAAAUGUGUCCAAAUGCCAUUUUGCCUUCAUCUUAAUUGUUCUUUGUAUGUUGAAUAUUUUGGCGAUGCCUCUGCAAUGUGCGUGGAGCUACUGCAGUUAGAAAAAUCCCAUUGCUGCAUAUUUUAAGUAUUGUUGCAGUUGCUAAAGCAGCUUUGUAAGCCUUUCGUUAAUAUUUAGCCGCGUCACUUUUUUGGUGAUACUGACAGUUGAAUUGCACUGAAUCCUAAUAGCAAUGUUUGCACAUUUUAUAUGUUAUAUCUUCUAUACAUAUGUAUGUGGCAGUUUAUCUGGAUUCACUGAAAAUGUUAUGUUAGCUUUGUAUCCGGACAGUUUUUGAAUAGAUGUUUCUGCAUGAUUUCAAUACAGUCUGGAUUUCCAUUGUGACUAUGAAGCAAUACUGUUAAACUAGGACAGAAAACAUUCAAAUGUAGAUCACAAACAACACAAGCUAGUACUGUCCUGUUUUUUGUCUUUUUUUAAUGAUCUCCUUAUCCCGGUCACAUGGCAGAUCACAGUCAUAUAAACGAUAAGCCAGAAACUUUGGCAAACAUGUUUUUGUUUCCAUUUCUGUUAAAAAAUAUUAAUAGAGGCUGCAUAGAAAGAAAAACAGCAAUGAAGUGCCCAAAUGCACAGUGUUGUACAAAAAAAAUGAACCAAAUUGCAUUUUUGGUCCGUCUUCCUGAUGGCUAACAGCAUUUUUUUCCCCCAUCACUUCACAAGGGACAGAUUACAGGUGACAACAGCAUACAUGCAGUCUUUCUAUUCCCCAUCAGCCUCAUAGUGUGGUAAAAACCAUAAUCAUAAAUAACUGAAAAAAAUCUAGAUUACACAUUCCAGUUUCUGAACAACAGCAUGAUUGCAGACACUGCGUUACGCAACUUCUGUUACAUGAACUAAAUACCUGCAUGAAAGCUGAUAAUUUUUAUUGUUAUCAAGUUUCAGUGGCCCAAUAAAGUGCACCGACUGUUGCUGUAAUUUAACGCCAGACAUGCCAGUCCAAUUAAGUAACUCAAGUGUGCAGCAUGAAAUUUCAUACUCAAACAAACACAACAUAUUGAUCGAUGUACCUGUAAACAACAGGAGGUAUUUCAUAAAGCAGAAUUAGUAAGCCAACCAGAAAACUGUAAAACAUUGUAUGAAAUAUCUUGUGAAACUUAAUCAGUGAUUCAUGAUUUAAACCUAGUAAGUUUUGUUUGAGUCACCAAAAUGCAGCAUUUUAACAGAUGGCUAAACUUCUGAUCCAACAUUGUGAACCACUGUUCCACCCCAGGUGUCACGAUAUUUUAAAUAAAAUUUUAAAGUUCAGUGCACCUGAGGUCCAUGACUGAUGUUGAAAAUCCAGUUGAAAGGUUACACAUUAAGCACGUCCCACAUUAUACACAGUAGUUAUAAAGUAGUUAGCUGGGGUUCAAAGCUCACUUUCAAACACACUAUUGGUUUUCAAAUUUCAGUUUGUGACGUUCAAAGACCUAUAAAGUGCCUUUCAAGCUCCACCUUCAUGUCAAACUGCCACCUGCGCACAUGUAUCAUUGUAGCCUUGGAAGCCAAAGCAGGUUCUACUGGUUUGGGUUGAUGUGUGUCACGAUUAUCAUUCAAGUAAUUAUCCAAACGUCAUUUUAAGAAAAAAAAAAAAAAACAA